CUCCCCGCCUUUUCCGCCCUCCGGUCCCCCUCCCCCGGCCUGCCGCCGCCGCUCCAGAUGAGGUGAUGGCAACGGCCAACUUCGGCAAGAUCCAGAUCGGGAUUUACGUGGAGAUCAAGCGGAGCGAUGGCCGAAUACAUCAAGCAAUGGUAACAUCUUUAAAUGAAGAUAAUGAAAGUGUAACUGUUGAAUGGAUAGAAAAUGGAGAUACAAAAGGCAAAGAGAUUGACCUUGAGAGCAUCUUUUCACUUAACCCUGACCUUGUACCUGAUGAAGAAAUUGAACCCAGUCCAGAAACACCUCCACCUCCAACAUCUUCAGCCAAAGUAAACAAAAUUGUAAAGAAUCGACGGACUGUGGCUUCUAUUAAGAAUGACCCUCCUCCAAGAGAUAACAGAGUGGUUGGUUCUGCACGUGCACGGCCUAGUCAGCUUCCUGAGCAGUCUUCCUCUGCACAACAGAAUGGUAGUGUUUCAGAUAUAUCUCCAGUUCAAGCUGCAAAAAAGGAAUUUGGACCCCCUUCACGUAGAAAAUCUAAUUGUGUGAAAGAAGUAGAAAAAUUACAAGAAAAACGAGAAAAAAGGAGACUGCAGCAGCAAGAACUUAGAGAAAAAAGAGCCCAGGAUGUUGAUGCUACAAACCCAAAUUAUGAAAUAAUGUGUAUGAUCAGAGACUUUAGAGGAAGUUUGGAUUAUAGACCAUUAACAACAGCAGAUCCUAUCGAUGAACAUAGGAUAUGUGUUUGUGUAAGAAAACGACCACUCAAUAAAAAAGAAACUCAAAUGAAAGAUCUUGAUGUAAUCACAAUCCCCAGUAAAGAUGUUGUGAUGGUACAUGAACCGAAACAAAAAGUAGAUUUAACAAGGUACCUAGAAAACCAAACAUUUCGUUUCGAUUAUGCCUUUGAUGACUCAGCUCCUAAUGAAAUGGUUUACAGAUUUACAGCUAGACCACUAGUGGAAACUAUAUUUGAAAGGGGAAUGGCUACAUGCUUUGCUUAUGGGCAGACUGGAAGUGGAAAAACUCAUACUAUGGGAGGUGACUUUUCAGGCAAGAACCAAGAUUGUUCUAAAGGAAUUUAUGCAUUAGCAGCUCGAGAUGUCUUUUUAAUGUUAAAGAAACCAAAUUAUAAGAAGUUAGAACUUCAAGUAUAUGCAACCUUUUUUGAAAUUUAUAGUGGGAAGGUGUUUGACUUACUAAACAGGAAAACAAAAUUAAGAGUGCUAGAAGAUGGAAAACAGCAGGUUCAAGUGGUGGGAUUACAGGAACGGGAGGUCAAAUGUGUUGAAGAUGUACUGAAACUCAUUGAUAUAGGCAACAGUUGCAGAACAUCCGGUCAAACAUCUGCAAAUGCACAUUCAUCUCGGAGCCAUGCAGUGUUUCAGAUUAUUCUUAGAAGGAAAGGAAAACUACAUGGCAAAUUUUCUCUCAUUGAUUUGGCUGGAAAUGAACGAGGAGCCGAUACUUCCAGUGCAGACAGGCAAACCAGGCUUGAAGGUGCUGAAAUUAAUAAAAGCCUUUUAGCACUCAAGGAGUGCAUCAGAGCCUUAGGUAGAAAUAAACCUCAUACUCCUUUCAGAGCAAGUAAACUCACUCAGGUGUUAAGAGAUUCAUUCAUAGGUGAAAAUUCUCGUACCUGCAUGAUUGCCACAAUCUCUCCAGGAAUGGCAUCCUGUGAAAAUACUCUUAAUACAUUAAGAUAUGCAAAUAGAGUAAAGGAGUUUGGAAUUAGUCCAUCAGACAUUCCCUUCUCACAGGGUAGUGGCAGUCGCCCUGAUCUCUCUCCUUCUUAUGAAUAUGACGACUUUUCUCCUUCGAUUACCAGGGUGAAAGAAUUGACUGUGGAUCCAAAUGCUGCUGGUGAUGUCCGUCCAAUUAUGCACCAUCCACCAAAUCAGAUUGAUGACUUAGAGGCACAGUGGGGUGUGGGGAGUUCCCCUCAGAGAGAUGAUCUAAAACUUCUUUGUGAACAAAAUGAAGAAGAAGUUUCUCCCCAGUUGUUUACUUUCCACGAAGCGGUCUCACAAAUGGUAGAAAUGGAAGAACAAGUUGUAGAAGACCACAGGGCAGUGUUCCAGGAAUCUAUUCGAUGGUUAGAAGAUGAAAAGGCUCUCCUAGAGAUGACUGAAGAAGUAGACUAUGAUGUAGAUUCAUAUGCCACCCAACUUGAAGCUAUUCUUGAGCAAAAAAUAGACAUUUUAACUGAGCUGCGGGAUAAAGUGAAAUCUUUUCGAGCAGCUCUACAAGAAGAAGAACAGGCCAGCAAGCAAAUCAACCCGAAGAGACCCCGUGCCCUUUAAAUCAGCAUUUGCUGCUAAAGGAUUCCCAGAACCCACACUGCUGUAACAUACAAUGGUUCAGCUGUAAGGGCCAUUUGAGAGUUUGAAAUUUUAAGUGUCUGUGGAAAAUGUCUUGUCCCUUCACCUGAAUGGCAUUUCAAUUUUAUGAAACACUCCUUUGUCUACAAAAUGCUUCUAGUCCAGGAGGCACAACCAAGAUUUGGGAACUGAAGCAUUUUGUUUCAUUUACCCAAAGAGUGAUUUACUUUUGGAGAUCGUUGCCAAUUUUAUUUUCUGUAUGAUGGAGUAAGGUUGUGAACUUGAUCCAGAGGUGAAUAGUAGGGGGAAGCCACAGCAUUUCCUUUUAACUUGGUUCAAUUUUUGUAGCAAGACUGAGCAGUUCUAAAUCCUUUGCGUGCAUGCAUACCUCAUCAGUGACUGUACAUACCUUGCCCUCUCCCAGAGACAGCUGUGCUCACCUCUUCCUGCUUUGUGCCUUGACUAAGGCUUUUGACCCUAAAUUUCUGAAGCACAGCCAAGAUAAAGUACAUUCCUUAAUUGUCAGUGUAAAUUACCUUUAUUGUGUGUACAUUUUUACUGUACUUGAGACAUUUUUUGUGUGUGACUAGUUAAUUUUGCAGGAUGUGCCAUAUCAUUGAAUGGAACUAAAGUCUGUGACAGUGGACAUAGCUGCUGGACCAUUCCAUCUUACAUGUAAAGAAAUCUGGAAUUAUGAUUUUAAAACCAUAUAAUGUGGCUAUAAUUUUCUUAGCAUUUUCUUUGUAAAGAACUAAAAUAUAAACUAGUUGGUGUAUAAUAAAAAGUAACGAAAUUCUGAGAAGAGUUUUAUCUUAGGAUAAUACAUAUAUAUGCAGUGUGUGUUCCAGUGUGGUAUUAACAGGACUAAUAGUGCAAUUUGAUCCUUACCAAUACCAUUACUUAGUGAAAGUGUCCAUUAGCACCCCAAAAUGUACCUUCUAAAUGUACUGAUAAAGGAAAUUGGCUUCUGAUGCAUGAAUACUUACAUGUACACUGAAAGUAGUCCAUAAUAGAACUGUUAGUUUAAGCCAAGUGUAGACAGUACAUAACUCCCGUGAAAAAGAAUUAAGCUAAAAAAGAGUUGACUUUGCCUUAAAAGGCAGAUGGAACCCAAGCCCCAUCCAUUACCUAAUGUGUGAUAUUUCAUCAUUAUUUGGUGAGAAUCACCACGUUCUCGCCAAUAAAUUGGUUUAGGGUAUGCUGCUUUUUAAAUGGUGGCACUUAUUUUUACAGAUUGCUAUUCCAAGGAAGAAAACUGGCCACUUUUCAUGUAAAUAUUUUGUUAAAAGAUUUAUAUAUCUCUCUAGGAGUUUUCCCUUAGUUCCUAGGAUAGUCCAUGAAUAGAUUAACAAGAAAAAAUCUCCCAAGGAUGUCUUGGUUAGAUUUACUCUAAGGAACUCUACUGCUCAUUCAUUUGGGCCAAAGGGAAGCUAUGAAUAGAGAGUCACAUGAGCCAGAUUCCCUACUUCAUUGUUCAUAGCACCCCGAGGGUAGUUGUGGGAAAUCCUAACACCACGGUGAAAUUCUCCUCUGUAAACUUGAAAUCUAGAACAAAUGUAGAUUUUCACAAUGUGCUUAUCAAUAAAUGAUAUCUAUGGAAUUGA